UCAAAGUGUCUCUCUUUAUGGAAAAAUCAUUAGCUGAUGAAGCUGUUUCCCGAAUUUAAAUCAGUCUUUGGCAUUAUAGGUAGAAGCCUACGUUAAUCCUGUGAGUAUUUUCCUCAUCAAUCAUACACUGUGGAGCCAAAGAGGCGCAUGCUCUGUGCGCACUGUCACCUGGGACCUGUUGCUCAGCUGCGGCUAGACGCGGUCAGAGGACUCCUGUGUUAGAUUUAAAGGAUGCUUGUCUUUAUCCUUCAUUGUUAUGGGCAUACAUGAUGCGCCGAAGAUCAGCAACAUUAUAACCAGACUAUAGCCAAGCCGGAUGAAAACACUACAACAAAAAGUGGACACCACAAGUCACUGUGCUUUUUAUCUCAGUCGGCUUAACCAACGAAGGCAGUUCACACACUUGUGUGUGCCUGAUUUCUACACUACAGGCAAUGGGCAGAUGCCGCAAACGCAACGGGAGACUGCUGUGCAUGUGCCUCCUGCCUUGCAUGAUGACCAGCCACCUUUUGAUUUAUAUCAUGGUGUCCAUAUUCGUCACCAUCUCCUACUCUCCUCCAAAAAUAAUCACCCACUAUAUUGCCUCUGGGACUUCUGCUAACUCCUCUGCAUUGGCCUCUCACCCACUUGGCCCUUUCUGGAACCUUCGUCUGGUGGACAGUGCACUGUGGAACCAGUUGCAGCAUGCUUGGGACCGCCAGCACAAUCCAAUACUGCGAGGAAACGCAACUGGGAUUAUGAGGAAGCCAAAAGCUAAGCUUUUAACAGACAUCGAAGAUGAAUGCCUUUCUGACUGCAUGUCAGGCCAUUGUUCGGUCCCUCGUAUGCAUGAUUUAAACAGCUUGCCAGAACAAAUGAGGGCAUUUCUAUGGUCAAUGCACUGCAGGGAGUAUCCUUUCCUUAUCAAUCAGCCUGGCAUGUGUAGGAGGAACAAUAGUAGCUUUGGUCUGGAUUCUCCCAUGCUCCUCAUGGCCAUCAAGUCUCAAGUAGGGAACUUUGAAAACAGGCAGGCCAUCCGUGAAACAUGGGGACGCAGUGGUAUGGUGAAGGGGGAAUCCAACAAGAAGGGCGGAUUAGUGCGCACAGUGUUUCUGCUUGGAAGGCAGGACACAAGUACAGGUCCUCACCCAGACCUCAAAAACCUCCUGGAGCUCGAGAACCAGAAAUAUGGGGAUAUCCUACAAUGGGAUUUCAGCGACACUUUCUUUAACUUGACCCUGAAGGACUUGCUGUUCUGGCAUUGGCUCCAGCAAUACUGCCCCACUGCCAUCUUCGUGUUCAAAGGGGAUGAUGAUGUCUUUGUUCGAACAGGUGCCCUUCUGGAUUACCUGCGCAAGCAGUGGGAGGAGCACAACCUGUGGAAAGCCUAUACAAAUGAAACUGACAUGGACUUGUUCGUGGGGGAUGUAAUCAGCAACGCAAUGCCAAACCGUGAGCCAUCCACUAAAUACUACAUUCCCGAACGUUUCUACAAAGGCGGGUACCCACCGUACGCUGGUGGAGGAGGGGUGGUGUAUUCUGGUUCACUUGCAUUACGAUUGAAAGAGGUGUCAGAGAGGGUGCGCCUUUUCCCAAUAGACGAUGUGUAUCUGGGCAUGUGCAUGCACAGACUCGGGCUCUCUCCAAGCCCUCACCCGGGUUUUUUAACAUUCGAUCUCCCAGAAACAGACAGGGGAAAUCCCUGUGCUUACAGGUCUGUUCUGCUCGUUCACAGACGGAGUCCCAAGGAGAUGCUGACACUAUGGAGGCAGCUCCAGAGUCUGCCAGGUAAAUGCUGAGGCUCAUUUGCCUGUCAAAUAGGAUUCUUUAGGUGCAGGACGAAUGCUGCCACCACACUCAUUUGGAAAACCUACACUGGGACCGCGAGCAGGCGGUACCCUAUGAAGGUCACAUGCAAUGUACCAUACCUCCGAAGAGUUACACUGAAGAGGAGACUGAUCUACCUCAAAGGGUACUUUUAGUAUGAGGGCAUUACACAAUAAGGGCGCGUACAUGGUCAAUAGAUGUACACGCCUUUCAAAAUCAAUACAUGUACUAUAUGUAUUUUACAUACUUUCAACUUAAAAGUUUUAUUUUACUGCCUAAUAAAGAAAAUAAUAAUACCUUACUGUACAUAUUGUUUCAUAAUGUGUGAAGACAAUACGUUAGAUAUAUCUGUGUGAUAUGGUUACUGGUGAACUUGAAUUCAUUUGUGUUUUCUCUUGUGUUACUCAUGUCUUCUUUAAGUCAGCAGUUUUAACUAAGAGUCAAUUUCAAAAUGUCUCACGUCCACUUUGCCCAACAUUUAAAACGCAACUAAUGCUUAUUCUUUUGUAACUUCAGUAACAAUUUGUAGCAAUGUUGACUUUGACAGGGGUUAUUAUUUAGCCAGGGAGGAUUCAGUGUGUAGAAGAAUGAUGUUAUCAAUGAAGGUUAAUUCACUUCUUUACUGCAUAGCAUGUUGCUGAUUUAAAAAGGGGCACGUUGUUUUCCACUCAUGGUUUCUAAAGACAAAAUUCCAAAAUGCUUGAUUUUUCUCUUACUUGUUAUGGAUUAUGAAUCAUGAAACUUUUGAAUAUGACUUUUGAAAUGCUAUCCCCAGUUGACUAUUUAUUGAAAGAUUUUGUCUUUAAAUUGGAAGUGACGGGAGCGUUAUUUAAGAUGAACACAAACAACAUCAUGCUAUUUGUUGCUGUAAGUCGGUUGCUCAAGGAUUCCAACAAAUAAAUGUAUGAUG